GCGCGGCCGGCGGAGAUAUCGAGACUGUGGCCGGCCGUGGGUGUGCAUAUUGUUCGCUGUUUGCAUACUCCGUACCUAUCGAUUUUGACUUUGUUGGCAGUGAUUGUAAAGUUUGUUUGCUUCCGUCAUACUCUGUUAUUGAUAUUAUAAGGAGAGGAAUGACGGCCCCGGCUCAGAGAGAAGAUGCGCUCGAUCAACAAGACUUGAUUAUGGAUUUUGAAUCUGAAAAUGUUGAUGGCACCGAUAGUGAGACUGAGAGUGAUGAGACGAGCAGCAGUAGUGAUAGCGAUGGAGGCGAAGCUGAUGACGGGGAGAACCGGCAGCUCGUCGAAUGGGAUUACGAGCCCUUACCCCGUGGUGAGCCGGGGCAGAAUGUCGGGGAUGCUGGGCCAGCUAAUGCUAAUCGACUUCUGGAAAACGUCGAUAAUUGGUGUACAUGUGGAAGGUGUCGUGUGCACCCUUCUUUCAACGAAGGAGAUUGUUUGUGCUGCAGGGAAGCACCAGAGGUACUUGGAGAGGCUGACCGACAGGGAGCACGCUGUCUGGUGGAAUCAGAUGAAUUCGAACCUGCCAUACUUAAUGCCACAUCGCUCUAUAUUGGUUGGCUGGAAUAUACAGAUCGGUGGCGUCGAGCAGCGAGAGGUUUCGGUGAUCGCAAUAACGAGAAAUACCGAUAUGUGGCAUAUCGGAAAGUGGUGAGAUGGUGUUGGGGCUGGCUUGGAAAAGACAUCAGGGUACAACUGCCUGCAUGCAUCCAUGCUGCUAUCAUGGAAGCCUAUCCAGAUGGAGGGGAUCAGUACAAGGGCACCAUCCUACGUCGCCUAAGAUGAGCUUAAAGUCAAUUACCUGUAUGUACAUUCCAACCAACAAUAAUUGCUAUAGCACUGUAGCUGAAGGUCUGGUUCAUUUUGUCUAUGAAAUCAUGAAUCAUCAUUAUUAUUUAAUUGUGACAUACAUUGUAUAUUUUUCCUGAAGAAUGUCAGAAAAAACAAGAUGUGUACUAUCAUAUAUAUAUUUGUUUUAAUUUGUUCAUCUACAUGUACAAGCAUGUGCAUGUGAUCACAUAAUUGCAUUGUUGCCCAAUCAUCUAUUACACUCUCAUUUUAUAUACAUAGCAAUACACACAAGUUAUGUGGAUGUAAGAAUGUUCUAUAUAUGUAUUUAUUUUUAGUUCAUCAAUAAAGAUUUAGUGUGUCAGUGUAGACUACCAUUUGUAAGUGAGCAUUUUGUCCUUAAAACCUUCAUGGUUUGCAUGGUUGAGAUAAAUUACUAGUACCAAUCUCAUAAUCUGUAGUCAUAUCUUAAAUUGUGUCCUUACUCUUUUUCAUACGUGAUUCAGUAAUUCAGACUCCAUAUU